UCACUCGAAAAUCGACAUGAUGCUAGCUUUCAGCAUGGCCACCGCCGAUUUCCUGCUCCUCGUAGUCAUCGUAGCAGCUGCUUCCUAUUCCUUCACCGGCGUCCACGCGGGCGCCGCCUGUGCGCCUAAGGAGAGGGACGCCCUCCUGGCGUUCAGGCAAGGCAUCACCAGCGACCCCUGGGGCCUCCUGGCGUCAUGGCAGCCAGAAGAUGAGCAUGACUGCUGCCAGUGGGAAGGAGUCCAGUGCAGCAACCUGACAGGCCAUGUCCUCGAGCUGCACCUCAGCAGCGGACAUCUGACCGGCGGAGGUCUGACCGGAGAGAUAAGUCGUUCUCUGCUCUCCUUGCAGCAUCUUGAAUAUGUCGAUGCCAGCUUGAACAACCUCCAGGGGCCGACCGGCCAAGUCCCAGAGUUCCUAGGAUCUUUCAAGAACCUAAGAUAUCUUGACCUCUCUUACAUACCGUUUUCCGGUAGGGUGCCUCCUCAGCUUGGCAACCUCUCAAAGCUGCACUAUCUUGAUCUUUCAAACGCUGGUUCGCAGCAGCACAUGUACUCCACUGAUCUCUCGUGGUUAACACACCUACCUUUGUUGCAGUACCUCAACAUGGAGUCAGUAAAUCUUAGCAUGGUAACUAACUGGCCAUAUGUGGUGAAUAUGUUGCCUUCUUUGAGGGUCCUUAUUCUCGAUGAUUGCUCGCUAACAAGUGCAAACCAAUCGCUCCCACACCUUAACCUUACAAACCUUGAGGAGCUCCAUCUCUCCUCCAAUAGCUUUCAGCACCCAGUUGCAUCUUGUUGGUUUUGGAACCUAACAAGCGUAGUGCACCUCUCCCUCGUGGGAACUGAGCUGUACGGACAACUUCCAAGUACGCUGGGAGACAUGGUAUCCCUUCAAAUACUAGACUUGUCGUUGAAUAACAUUACUGGACCUCUCCCAGCAUUCAUAGGUCAUUUUGCACAUUUGAGGACCCUUGACCUCUCUGACAACCACCUCACUGGACAUGUGCCGUCUGAAAUAGGUAUGCUAGCUAAUUUGACUAAGUUGGAUCUAAGCGGCAAUGACUUGGAUGGUUCGAUCACAGAAGAACACUUGGACGGUUUACGAAGCUUAGAGUACAUAGACUUAUCUAAGAAUCAAUUGAAGAUUGUGGUGGGUUCAAAAUGGCAACCCACAUUUAGACUACAAAAAGCAUAUUUUGCAUCGUGCCAGGUCGGUCCUCUAUUUCCUGCAUGGCUUAAAUGGCAAGUGGAUAUUCUUCAGCUUGAUAUCUCAAACACAGGUAUAAUAGAUAGGCUUCCAGAUUGGUUCUGUAAUACAUUUUCAAAGGCCGAAUACUUGGAAAUCUCCAAUAAUCAAAUCAGUGAUGGCUUGCCAACAAAUAUGGAUAUCAUGUCAUUGAAUGCACUAUAUUUCAGUUCAAAUAACCUAACCGGUCAAAUACCUCCAUUGCCAAGAAACCUCUUCGUGUUGGAUAUCUCAAGAAAUUCUUUAUCAGGACCCUUGCCAUCAAAUUUUGGAGCGCCAAUGCUAGAUAUGAUUAUAUUGUAUUCUAAUUACAUCAGUGGUCAGAUACCAACAUCUAUCUGUGAAUUGAGCUUGCAGAUCUUGAAUUUGGCCAAUAAUCUUUUUGAAGGAGAACUUCCCCAAUGUUUAAAUAUGUCAAAUAUGGUAUAUCUAUUAUUAAGUAACAAUAGCUUCUCUGGCAACUUCCCAUCAUUUCUACGAAGCUGCACGAGUCUGCGUUUUCUGGAUCUAUCAUGGAAUAGAUUCUCCGGAUCAUUGCCAAAGUGGAUCGGGAGCUUCAGUUCAUUGCAGUUUUUACGACUGAAUCACAACAUGUUCUACGGGCAUAUUCCAAACAACAUCACAAGUCUCACAAAUCUUUAUCAUCUGAAUCUUGCAGCCAACUGGAUAUCAGGUGUCAUACCUCCGCAUCUAUCAAAUCUAACGUAUAUGACAAGAAUAUUUAUAAUGGAUCCCGCCGAGGUCCAAAAUGGAAUUGGUGAAUUUUUAAUAUUCAACGAAUUUUUAAUAGACACCAAGGGGAAUCAACUCAAUUACCAAGGUUUUGGUGUUUUGGAGGUACUGAGCAUUGACCUCUCAUCCAACCAUUUAACGGGUAAAAUUCCAGACGGGAUAACAUCUCUUGAUGGAUUGGUAAAUCUGAACUUAUCUUGGAAUCAACUGAAUGGAGAAGUUCCUGACAAGAUUGGGACCAUGCAGUCAUUGGAGUCACUUGACCUCUCCAACAACAAUCUUUUUGGAGAAAUCCCAUCAAGCAUAUCAAAUUUGACAUUUUUAAGCAUUUUAGACUUGUCUUACAAUAAUCUAACAGGAAGAAUACCAUCAGGGCGUCAACUUGACACUCUCUACAUGGAGAAUCCCUCUAUGUACGACGGAAACAACGGUCUAUGUGGGCGUCCUCUUCAAAGGAAUUGUGGAAGCAAUAAUACAUCUGAGCAUGGAGAUGAAAAGAGAGAUGAACAUCAUUCUGGGCCAAUGUUCUUUUACUUUGGACUUGGCAUCGGAUAUGUAGUUGGUCUAUGGGUGGUGUUUUGUGCCCUACUAUUUCUGAAAGUGUGGAGGAUUGCUUAUUUUCACCUAGUCGACAGGUUUUAUGAUAAAAUUUAUGUGUUUGUGGUUGUAACAUGGAAAAGCUUUACUAGAAAGGAUGACGUACGCUAAGUGGUAAAAAAGAACUAAUGGUGACGUAGCUCCCAUUGAAAUGAAGUUCUAUGAAUACUUGGAAGGUGAACAGGUGAAGUGGCAUUUAGCAACAUCUAUAUUAUAUUGUGUAUCUUGUUUUGGGUGAAGUUGUAAUAAUGGAUGUUCGAGUAAAGCCCCUAAUGCACAUAUAUAUGCAAUGAUAUUUAUUUGUA